AUGCUGGGUCUACUGCUUGUCCUGUCUACCCUGCUGUAUUUGAGGCCGGAAAGUGCAGAUGCGGUGUCAAUCACUAAUGUGACGGUUCCGGACAGAGGCGGUUGUGUGAUACAGCAUGCCCGCCCAGACGACCCUACCUGGGAGAACAGGGUGGAGUUCAAGUGCGAAUAUACCAUCACACCUGCCCCAGCCACUCCUCCAACCAUCACCUGGCUCAGUGGAGCGUUCGCCGACCCAGACCGAGUGGUCAUCUACAGGUUGAGUUCGUCAGGGGAAGUCUACGUCCAUCCCUCGUUUGCCGGCCAUGCCAGUAUCGAGUCCCGAACCAGCCCGACCCUCAUACUGACCGACUAUAUGGGAUCGGGCCGGUUCUGGUGCCGUGUCACGAACGAGGAACAACCGGACGAGUUCGGCACGGACGAGGAGUCUCUCCUCUUCUGGUAUUUGCGCGAUUUAUUUGAGGCUCCAAAGCGUUUGUCCUUCGUCAACCUGGAUAAAACCCCGGUCCGUGUGGGUGCUGGCGAGACGGCCCGGCUGGUCUGUGAGGGAACCUAUUAUCAUGGGUCUUCCAUCAAAUGGCUGAAAGGUCCAAGUUGUUCACAAGACGGACGUUGUGACGUAUAUGAAACGGUCGUCAACAAAACUUAUACCUGGGUCCUUGACCCCGACCCGGGAACUCUCAUCGUUUCACCGAAGUACGAAGGAAGGGCCUCACUGGAUCGCGACUACGCGGGCGUCUACACCCCGACCCUGAUCAUCACCGACAUCCGCCCUAGCGACGCCGGCCGGUACUGGUGCGCUCCCGACCACGCAUUGCAUUACACCGAUCUCGGGAACCUAAACCGGGAUGCCCAGUCUGUGGUGGUGAUCUACGAUGAUGACCAACCAUCAUGCGACGGAAAGCCGGACGGGAUGUACCAGGACCCUAGCGACUGUUCUCGGUACUACACCUGCUCAGCUGGCGUGCUGCACGGCCCGACACCCUGUCUGAGCGGUCUGGUCUUCAACCAGGCGCUGCAGGUCUGCGACUGGCCAUAUAACGUCGCCUGCGUGUAAAUAACACGGGUACGUUCGCGAGUAAAUCUUAGUAUGUG